UAUUUUUUAUCGGAGAUUUUUAUUUACAAGACACACGCACAGCACUGAGAGUUGCAAGUCCUUUUGUUCCAACGGAACACUUUUGGGCGAACGUCCACGUUCAGGAGCCCUGCUCUGCCCUUUAGCUCUUGCUCUCCGCCAGCCACAACGCAUCCCUCGCUCCUGCGGUUCCUCGAGCUCAAAGAGCGAGCGCUGCUUUCGCUGCCCGCCCUGCCAGCGCCAAGUUUAUCUCAGAUUUAACGCCGUCCCUCCGAGCAGCGGGGAUGCAAUCUCUGCUGGUUCGCUUGGCUUUGUAAACUGCGAGCGGAGGACCAGAGAGAGCCGCUCUCGGGGGCGGAGGCCCCAGGCGGCGAGCUCUCCCGGAGGCUUCGGCAAAGCGACGCGCUGCCAUUCGUCGGCUUCCACGGGGGGGGGGGGGGGCUCUGCCCGGUUGACAUCUCCGGUCCUCUGAUCAUUGCGCCCGAGUUGGUUGGGAAACACAGGCCGGGCCCCAAUUUGGGGUCGGGAGAGCCAGACUGCGAGCUCCGGCUCCCCCAUUUACCGGCCUGUGACCUUGCGUGCCCUCUUGGGCUUCAGGAUUCCCAGCCGGGGGGGGGGGGGGGGGGGGGGUUGGAUGGACGCCGCGGCUUCUCGCCCAGCCAGACGCUCCCGAUCUCAGGUCGGCGCACUCUAACCCUUUCCCCGGCCGGGGCCCCGCCCCUAACCCGACUCCAGGCUGCCCGGAAGAGCAGGAUCAGGAAGCAGCCGCAGGAAACCGCUAGGGAGGAUCCGUUCUCCCGGAGGGGGAGGGGGAGAGGGGGAGGGGGAAGGGGAGGGGGAGGGGCUCCGCGCCGGGGAGGCGUGGCGAGGUUCCGGGGCCGCGCGCGCUCUCCCGGGAGCCGGAGCCGGAAGCCGGCCGCGCCAUCUCGCUCCGUUGGCGCGGAGCCGCCGCUUCGGAGCGCCUCGGGGCUGGCGGCCGGAUGGGGGCUCGGAGCACGCGGGCCGCGGCGCCGCUGCUGCCGCUCGUCGCCCUCCUGCCGCCCACCCUCGCCUCCUGCCUCUUCUCGGUGGACGCCUCCACAGCCACGGGGCAGCUGCAGCCGUUCUGGAGGAGCACGGGCUUCUGCCCACCUUUGCCCCAUGAAAAGUCAGACCGAUACGAUCUCAGCAAAGACCAGCAGCUCAAUCUUGCCUAUAUUGCAUCUAUCCCUCAUGGGGGCAUCGAACAGGUCCGAAUUCAUUGGUUACUGGACCUCAUCACAGUCAGUGUCAUUGAUGGAGAUCUUCGUUACAACUUUACCAACCUGGAUAGAUUUUUGGAUCUUCUCCGGGAGAAUAAACUCAUUCCAGGAUUUGAAUUGAUGGGGAGCCCAUCCGGAUACUUUACUGACUUUGAAGAUAAGAAGCAGGUGUAUGAAUGGAAGAAUCUGGUCACCCUAUUAGCUAAGAGAUAUAUUGAGAAGUACGGCUUGCACCAUGUCUCCAGAUGGAAUUUUGAAACUUGGAAUGAGCCGGAUCAUCACGACUUUGACAAUGUGUCCAUGACGAUUCAAGGCUUCCUGAACUAUUAUGAUGCUUGCUCAGAAGGCCUGAGGGAAGCAAGCUCGAGGCUGAAGUUUGGAGGACCUGGUGACUCCUUCCAUCCGUUCCCUAAGUCCCCCAUUUGCUGGAACUUACUCAGCCACUGCAACAAUGGGACAAACUUCUUCACUGGUGAGAAGGGCGUGCGCCUGGAUUAUAUCUCCUUGCACCGGAAGGGCGGGGGCAGCUCUGUCUACAUCCUUGAGCAGGAAAAGGAAGUUGUCCAGCAGAUCCAGAGCCUUUUCCCCAAUUUCACCCAUGUCCCUAUUUAUAACGAUGAGGCUGACCCGCUGGUGGGCUGGUCCCAGCCUGAGAUCUGGAGAGCCGAUGUGACCUAUGCAUCUAUGGUUGUGAAGGUCAUAGCCCAGCAUCAGACCUUGCUGUCAGAGCCCAACAAUACCCUGAACUAUACCCUGCUGAGCAAUGAUAAUGCCUUCCUGAGCUACCACCCACACCACUUUACUCAGAGGACACUGACUGCCCGCUUCCAGAUGAACAACACAGAGCCGCCCCAUGUGCACCUAGUCCGAAAGCCCGUGCUCACUGCCAUGGGACUGCUGGCCCUGCUGGGUGGAACUCAACUGUGGACAGAAGCUCGCUGUGAGGGGCUGCUGGUGGACAGCAAUCACACACUGGGAGUACUAGCCACCUCUCACUGGCCUGAGGAGCCAUCUUCACCAGACAGCUGGCAGGCCACAGUGCUGGUAUAUGCCAGUGAUGACAAUCAGACAUCUGCCAAUCUCAGCACUGUCACUAUACAGCUCAACAAUGUCCCACCGGCUACAGAUCUUGUCUACAUGACCUACUAUAUGGACAAUAAUCUCACCAACCCUUACCUGGAGUGGAAGAAACUUGGCUCACCUGUCUUCCCCACUAUAAAGCAAUUUCAGCAGAUGAGAGAGACUGAGGAUGCUGUAGCCGCAGGCCCAUUUCCAUUUCCUGAAAAUGGCCAGCUGAUCCUAAAGCAGGAGCUUUCGGUACCCUCAAUCCUUCUCCUUCAUGUGUGUUCAAAGCCACACCUGCCUCCAAACCAGGUGAAUGGCGUCCGAAUCUUGCCUCUCACGAGAGGGCAGAUCACGCUGAUCUGGGAUGAUGGCUGCGUGAAUUCCAAAUGUCUGAGGACAUAUGACGUUGAAUUCUCCCAACAUGGACAUAUAUACAGAGGAAUCAAAAGGAAGGAGUCAACUUUUAACCUUUUUGUCUUUGCUCCAGAUAACGCCAACGUCACUGGCUUCUACCGGCUCCGUGCUGUGGAUUACUGGGGCCGUUCGGGCCCGUUCUCCACCCCUGUUUACUACAAAGAGGCAGCUGCAUGAGGUGGGCAGCUAUCUGUGAGACGACCUUCUGCUGGAGACCUACACAGGCUGGGAGUUCUGGGACUGAUGCUCCUGGGGGAGGGGGGUACCUGUGGUGCCAAGAAUUCCAAGUGGGCCUAAAGUCACAUGAUGCAGGCUUUGAGCUUAGGCACAUCUUCUUGGACCUCGGUUUCCUCAUCUGUAAAUUGGAACAAUUAUAUUUGUAUUACUGAUGUCAUGAACUAACAUUUUCUCUUAAAUAGUAUUUUAUUUUUCCAAAUACAUGCAAAAAUAGUUUUCAACACUCACCUUCACCAAACCUUGUAUUCCAAAAUUUUCUCCCAGCACCCCAUCCUCAGACAGCAAGAAAUUCGAUAUAGGUUAAACAUGUGCAAUUCUUCUAAACUUGUAUGUCAGCGAUCUGAGAAACAAAAAUUUCCAUAUCCUUUUGGGGAAGGGGCUUUAUCAAUCUCACAAUUAAUAUUCUAUCAAUCCUCAAGUAGCGAUGUGUUGGGGACCAGGCCUGGGAUGGUGAUCCUUCCAACCUACAGGACAACACAGAGCACCAAACCUGGCCUCCCUGCUCUUUUCUUCCUUGAGGGACCAGUGAAAUGACGUCCAGAAACUUGCUCCCUGGCAAUCAUUAUAACAAUCACUGUCAUCCUAUUUCUGUGACCUUGUAACAUUGGCAAAACACUUUCCCCAGAGCAGUCAUAAAUGGUGGACGGGACAAGGAUUGUUACCCUGAUUUAUAGAUGAGAAAACUGGAGCCAGGAGAUGAAGGGGUUUGUCUCUGCGUGUCUCAGCUGGGAUUUCCACCCUCUUGGUUUUCCAGUUAAGUUCAGAUUCUUUGAGUUGGCCCCUCACAGUCUGGCACCAUCAUCCUUUUCUCUUCCAUCUGAUGUCAUUCAUCUUAAUUCACUUUGCUUCUUGGCCAUCUUCGUCUCAUCAGCCAGUCAGCACAUAGUCCUCCCUUCCCUCCUCUCCUUAGCCUAUUUCCAGUUCCAAAACCACAAUUAAAUCAAUGCUGUCAUUGCUUUGGGGUGAAAUAGGGCAGUGCACUUUAUGGCUCCAUUCAUUACUCUUGUAAUCUUCCAAGCCUAAAUGUCCUCCCUGGCCACCCAUCCCCCAUCUAUGUUACUCCUCCCACUGCAUCUAGAUCCCCAGUUCUUAAACACAUGCUUGGUGCAUUUACUGUUUAAAAUUCUUGUUCCGGCCAAACUGAUCCACGGGUUGUUCUCCGAAUAGGCUGAACAUUAUUUAGACCAUUCCCCGUGCCCAGGAUGACGUCCCUUCCACACUUACUCUAUUGGAAUUUCUACCCAUUCUUUAAAGUCCCCCCCAAAUCACCACUUCCUCCAUGAAGCCUUCCUUGAUCCCCCUUGUCAAUAAUGACCUUUCCCCUUGGCCCUCCCCUGGCACCUGGUAAUUAUUUCUGCAAUGAGCAGAUCAUAUUAACAUGAACUAAAGGUUAUACCAGGUGAAGGUUCUGAUGGGGGAGUUUCCAAUAAGGUAGAAAGUUUAAGAAGCUGGGUAACUACACUCAUACGCUGCUGAUGGAUAUGUCAGUUGGUCCAAGCUUUCCAGAAAAGAAUUUGGAAUUCUGGGAGAAAAAUCUCACCUGCAAGUUGCACACUUUUACUUAGUGAUUUAUAGCCCAGGAAGUCAAAAAGAGAGGAACAGGCUAUUCCAUACCAACAUAUAGUAGCAAAAAACUUAAAAUAAUGGGGUGCCUGCCCAUUAAUGGGGAUUGACUGGACAAACUGGCGUGGGAAAAUAAAGACUAAUACUCCAUAAAAUGGAGGGAUAUGAAGAAUCCUACAAAAAUGUUAAACAACUUGUAUGAAUUAAUACAGAGAAAGACAAUCAGAAUCAGGGAGCACUAUACCCCAAAACACCAAAAAUGUAAAGGAAAAUGGGAUGCAAGAGCAGUUCGGUUCUGACUAAUUGCAAUAAUCAUUGUUGGAGAAGUAAAGGUGAAGUGCAAGUCUCCUCUUAGUAAAAAGGUGGAGCACCAUGUGUGGGGGAUUUUGUGCACGAGCUUGUUUGGCUUUAUUCAAAUGGUUUUCUUUGUUCAAAGGGGAGAUUCAAUAAGGGGUGCAUUUGAAGGAGAAAUAACUAAUGUGACUAUUAAAGAUCAAUGUAAUUUUAAAACUUUUGUUUUUUUAAAGUAGGGCUGGGUGAGCAGACACAGGCGAGGUAAGAGCAGAGGAGAAAGCAGUAGAGCAUAUGGUCAUCAUGGUUCCCAAUGCCAGGAAUCAUGGUAGGAUGCUGAUGAUUUCAGAGCCUGGGCAAGAGACCAGUAUGCUUCAACAUGGGGUCAGCCAGGCGACACAGUGGAUGGAGCACCAAUCCUGGAGUCAGGAGGACUUGGACACUUGACACUUACUAGUUCUGUGAUCCUGAGCUAGUCACCUCCAAUUACUUCUUUAAAUAAACUAUUCUACUUGCUACCAAAAAAAUUCCAGGAAGACUUUUAGAUGGCAGGUAGGGCCAUAACCUAAACAUUUACCAUAAGGAUGGUGUUCUUGAAAUAACUUUGUCCUUUGGGAAUCAAAGGGUAUUAAAGAGGAAUUACAAUUGUAAUUCCUCUGAAGGUAUGGGAAAUUGCAUUUAUUUUGUGUAGGUAUAAAAGAAUGCUCUUAUUUUUUUCUAGUAAAUUUAUUAUUUUUUUAAAUACA